AUGUGGGUGUUCCUCUGAUCAUCAACAAGAGAGUGGGGGACUCCGUGGAGCUGCUGUUUGAGGGGAGACUUAAGAUGAACACCAAAAACUUCAGUUUAACAGUCAGAGAACUGACACUGCAAGACUCAGGGGAUUUUCUACUUACAGGUGAAGGGGACAAACGUCAGAUCAACAGUAAGACCAUCACUCUGAAGGUCCACGAGCCUAUAUCCAAGGUGGCGAUCCAGYCAGACAUCAAGCUAUUGGCCAACCGCUCCUGUACGGUACGGCUGGUGUGCAACGUGUCCUGCUACCCCAACAUUACCUACACCUGGGAGAGAGACAAUGAGAUSUACGGGGACGCCCAGCAGAUUUACUUCUCUCUCUCACCAGCAGAGAGAAACAUCAGUGUAAAGUGRAACGCCUCCAACCUGGUCAGUUGGAAAACUGCCUCUGCAACAGUAAAAUGUAGAAAUGACACAACCACCCCAGAAUAUGUGACAGGACUGCCGUGGUAUACCAUCUACAUCGGAGUAUCAGUGGGAGGCGCUGUGGUGCUGAUCCUCACUGUGGCUGUGGCAAUGUGCUACUGCAGGGGACGAAGUAACACAGAAGGGGGGAUUUACAAAAAAAUUGUAAAAGAGUGA